AUGGAUCUCAGUCCGAUUGAUCAGCACCAGGCUGUCAAUGGACUCAAAAACCGUGCUGAAUUGGCUUCUUUGGAGGACUCUUCAUCACCGGUCAGACAGAAUCAGGACCACCAUCCUUCCUUCGACAUCAAAUCAGAGACCGCCCAAUCAUCUCCAACAAUAGUCCUGACCUCCCACCAAACAGACCGAUCGCACGACGACCAUCCCGUGGUCAUCCACGAAACGAUCGAUCCUCGAUUCGGCCGAGAGACCCUCCCGAUCAAGUUCCAUUCCCCCUCACUGGAACUUGGAAGUAACGAAGAGAACCUCCGCAACAGUUUCGAUGAAAUUUCGCUCCAAAACACCUCCGACCAGCCUCUGGAGGAUUCGCAUUCCAAAGCGCAAGAGGCCAUAGGGCCUCAUCACCCCAAGCAGCCACCCAGUCCCCAGGAGCAAACCACUCCUUCAACUCCCAUCUCACCCAAAAAUAACAACAAGGCUCGAUCUGGAUCAUCCUCACCUGCUCUCACGCUCCAAUCAUCCCGAAUCACUCCAUCUAGAGAGUCGGCUCUCCAAGAAACAUCCACCAUCGCAUCCUCCUCCACAACUCACACCAUUCCCAGUACUCAUUCCUCAGUUUCCCCUGUCCUAGUCAUCUCAUCGCUCGAGUCAAUCGCCAGCUCCAAGGAAGCCAAGAAGUCGAAAGAGCUGGGCGAAGCAACGAAGGCUGCCCUGGCCCUCCUCAAGGGUGAAGGGCUUACUAGCGACUUGGGCAUACCAUCGGGCCCCAAUCAGGAAGCUCAGAUCGUCUUACAGCCUCUCAAACUAGCCUGUCAGACUGGCUCCUCUGUCUUAAUGGUUACCGCCUUGGAUUGCAUCGGCAAGCUGAUCUCGUACAGCUUCUUCAAGGUCUCCGAGACCGGCCCAACAACUCCGGACAAACAUGGAGACAACUCCAGCAAAUCGACCUCUCAAGUCCGGGCUGAUGUCGAGAUGGGGGACGAGGUAACUGGAAUCAUCUGCGACUGCUUUGCGGAUGCUGCCUGUCCGGAUGCUGUCCAGUUACAGAUCAUCAAAGCUCUCCUAGCCCUGGUACUGGCUCCGACCCACCCGGGCGUCCGACGACUCCAAGUGCAUCAGAGCAGCCUAUUGCGCGCCGUCCGCACGGUCUACAAUAUUUUUUUGCUCAGCAAAAGCCCGACUAAUCAGGCCAUUGCACAAGGGACACUCACCCAAAUCGUAAGCCACGUCUUUGGUCGGGUCGAGAAGGGAGAAGAACCCCCGCUCAGAACUGCGUCCCUGCGAAGGAACAACUCUUCCCAUCGUCGCCAAUCUUCGCCCAAACCCCAAGAGAACGAUUCCAAGGAGCCCCCAGCCGAUCUCACUAGCUCUCCCGUGACUCCAAGGCCACAAUCUUCCCUCGACACUUCUCCCUCAUCGGCUGCCGCGCCUGAGGAAAAUGUCCCCCCACCUUCGGCUCCAGACACGUCGCAGGAUUCACCGGUCAAAGUUACCGACCAAAAAACCAACGCUGGGGUGAGUAAAGAAGAGGCUCAAGUUACUCUGGAAUCAUUUGAGAAGCGUAACUCAUUUGAUGGAGUCUCUGAUCGAGAUGCAGUCGGCAAUCCAGGGGUCAUGAGCAUGCAAGAUUACUACGUUAAGGAUGCAUUUCUGGUCUUCAGAGCGCUCUGUAAGCUCUCGAUGAAACCACUUGGAACGGAGAGUGAAAAGGAUCUUAAAUCUCACGCGAUGCGAUCUAAGUUACUAUCUCUGCAUCUGAUCCUCAGCAUCCUCAACACCAAUCUAGCCAUGUUUACCGACCCAAACGUGAUGAUCUGUUCGUCCACCACUCGCGAUCAGACUCCUUUCAUCCAAGCCAUCAAACAGUAUCUCUGUCUUAGCUUGAGUCGAAACGCUAUCAGCUCGGUCCUUAGUGUCUUUGAACUCAGCUGUGAAAUCUUUUGGAAAGUCGUCAGUGGUAUGCGAACAAAACUCAAGAAAGAAAUCGAAGUCCUUUUAAAUGAAAUCUUCCUACCGAUUUUGGAGAUGCGCAAUUCGACCGUCAAGCAGAAAUCUAUUCUACUGGCUGCAUUGGGCAGAUUAUUCCAUGAUCCACAAGCAUUGGUCGAAGUCUAUCUGAACUACGACUGUGAUCGCACCUCAUUGGGAAACAUAUACGAGCGUUUCAUGAACAUUGUCUCGAAAUUAGCAACGACUCAAUACACGACAUCGACGACUACAUCUCAAUCGGUCGAGCUGGUAGGCUCACCGAACGCGCCUGGAAACACUUCUUCAAGCGGAAUCUCAAGCGUAUUUGCGAGCUCGACAUCGAUCCCCCCAUCGCUCAGCACGAACUCCAUGUCUCAGGGUAUGACCGAGUCGACCCUGUACUCACACCAGUCCGUCGAAGCUCAGCUGAAGCGACAGAGUCUUGAAUGCUUGGUUGCCGGGCUGCAGUCGCUGGUUGCAUGGGCUGGCAAGGGGACCAUCCCCGCAAACACUCCCGCGCCCCCCGGCUCAUCGGCCAGUGCUAUGCAUUCUUCCUAUCCGAUCCCAAAGGGUCACCGAACCUCCGACUCUAGUCCCUCCCUUUCCGAAUCCGGCGGCCAUGGUCAACAAGACUUAACCUCGGGAACUGGGGCAGCAAUGGCCCCGACGGACUCAGUCACUAACAUCCAGUUGCCGCAUGCCGCAUCUACUAUCACUGGCGAGCGCGAACCGAUCGACGAUCCGGACCGGUUCCAGACCGCUAAGAACCAGAAAACUACGCUUAUCGAAGGAAUCCGACAAUUCAACUUCAAGCCCAAACGCGGCAUCAAAUUCCUCAUCACUCAUGGCUUCAUCCGUUCCUCCAAACCUAAAGAUGUCGCUAGGUUCUUGCUGACGGCUGACGGCUUGAGCAAGGCUAUGAUCGGAGAAUAUUUAGGUGAAGGAGAUGCAGAAAAUGUAGAUACGAUGCAUGCAUUUAUCGACAUGAUGGACUUCAGUAACAUGAAGUUCACCGAAGCUAUGAGAACCUUCUUACAAGCGUUUAGAUUGCCUGGAGAGGCACAAAAAAUCGAUAGGUUUAUGUUGAAGUUCGCGGAAAGAUAUUACCAAGGCAAUCCGGAAACUUUGGCCAAUGCAGAAACUGCAUAUGUGUUAGCGUUCUCGAUCAUUCUGUUGAACACUGAUGCACACAGUCCCCAAGUGAAAAACCGGAUGACUCGCAAAGAGUUUAUCCGCAACAAUCGAGGGAUCAAUCAGGGAGCUGAUUUACCAGAAGAGUAUCUCUCUGCCGUUUACGACGAGAUCCUGGCCAACGAGAUCCGAAUGAAGGAUGAGGUUGACGCCGCGGUUGGGGUCCAGCACGUGCCUACCGGCUUGGCUGGCAGUAUCGCUACUGUUGGCAGAGAUUUACAGAAGGAGGCUUACGUUUUACAGUCGGCUGGAAUGGCCAACAAGACCGAGAUCUUAUUCCGGACCUUAUUGAGAGGACAACGUCACCGAAAUUCGGGUCUAAGUGAUCAGUUCUACGAAGCAUCGCAUUUCGAGCACGUCAAGCCGAUGUUCCAAAUAGUCUGGAUGCCAUUACUAGCUGGAUUAUCGGAGCCGUUACAAAAUAACUCGGCCGAACUAGAGAUGAUCAAGCUGAGUCUUAAAGGGUUCAAGCAAGCGAUCAAGAUCGUGUGUCUCUUUGAUCUCGAGCUUGAACGGGAUGCGUUCUUAACCACUCUGUCCAAGUUCACCUUCUUGAAUAAUCUGUCGGAAAUGAAGUCGAAAAAUAUCGAGACCAUCAAGACUCUCCUGGACAUCGCCUUGGUCGACGGUAAUUAUCUUAAGUCCUCUUGGAACUUGAUCUUGAAUUGCGUCUCCCAGUUGGAACGAUUUCAGCUCAUCUCUCAAGGCGUCGAUCUCGAUCUAUCCAACAAUGAGCUUACUCCUGGGCGGAGAAGCUCUACUCAUAAACCAACGAAAUCUAGGCAGAUGAAACCCUCGGAAGAGGUGACUGACGCAGCUGGAGCAAGUCAUAUAACCUAUGCAGCCGACAUGGUAUUCUCAUCAAGCCGAAGUUUAUCUGGAACGGCCAUUGUCGAUUUCGUGUGUUGUCAUCCGAAUGCGAAUGUCAGUUUUUUUGCACUGGACUCGCUUCGACAACUGGCGAUGAGAUUUCUGGAGAAAGACGAGCUAGCAAACUUCAAGUUCCAGAAAGAUUUCCUCAAACCAUUUGAACACACAAUGAUUCAUAGCAGUAACCUGGACUCAAAAGACAUGGUCCUCCAAUGUCUUAAUCAAAUGAUCUCCGUUAGGGUCCAGAAUCUUCGAUCCGGCUGGAGAACUAUGUUCGGCGUAUUUUCUGCGGCGUCUAAAGCUAAAACAGAACGAGUGGUAACGCAAGCGUUUGAGCUAGUCCAACGAAUCAACAGCGAGCAUUUCAGCCAAGUGGUAGCCUAUGGCUCAUUUGCAGAUCUUACGGUCUGCAUCACCGAUUUCUGUAAAAUCUCGGAGUUCCAAAAGGUCUCUCUCCAUGCGAUCGAGAUGUUGAAGAGCUUGAUUACCGCUAUGUUGGAAUGCCCCGAAUGUCCCUUGGGUCGCCCCGUGGGAGGAGAAUCUGGUGACGAGUCGGCGCCUGCUGAUGAUGCGAUGCUCAAAUUUUGGUUCCCAAUCCUUUUCGCAUUCUACGACAUCACCAUGAAUGGGGAAGACCUGGAGGUUCGGAAGCGAGCACUGGAUUAUCUGUUUGAGACCCUGAAGCAUUACGGGAGCUCGUUCAGUGCCGAGUUUUGGGAUUCGGUCUGCAAGGAAGUUCUUUUCCCGAUCUUUGCCGUCUUAAGGUCGAGGAGCGACGUCUCCAGGUUUAGCACCCAGGAAGACAUGAGUGUUUGGUUGUCGACAACAAUGAUCCAAGCGUUGAGAAACUUAAUCGAUUUAUAUACUUUCUAUUUCGAUACUCUUGGGCGACUUUUGGAUCGUUUGUUAGACCUCCUAUGCGAAUGUAUCUGUCAAGAGAAUGACACCUUGGCAAGGAUUGGAACAUCCUGUUUACAGCGGCUGCUAGAAAACAAUGUCGAGAAGUUGGACGACGAGCGCUGGGACCGAGUGGUGACAACAUUUGUGAAUCUAUUCCGGACGACGACAGCGUAUCAAUUGUUUGAUUCCAACCUGCGCCAGCCAGGACUGGAGGUCGGAGAAGGAGGCGAACCAACGCCGUCACCGAUGGCUGACAACAAGCGGUUCGUCGUACCGACUCCGUUGCCGUUGCUUGCUGAGAGUGAGGAUCGGAGUCAAGCCAGCGAGGCGCCGAUGACAUCCGCCGAGAGGAAGAAAGUCUUCAGACAGAUCAUCGUCAAAUGUGUCUUGCAACUCUUGCUCGUCGAGACCGCCAAUGAACUGCUGUGUAACGUCGAAGUUUAUCAGAGAAUCCCGCCCGCUUCUAUGUUGCGUCUCCUCGCCGAAGUCGAUAGUAGUUAUCGGUUCGCUAAGAAAUUCAACGCCGAUAAAGAGCUCAGAAUGGGGCUCUGGAAAGUCGGGUUUAUGAAGCAGCUGCCAAAUUUAUUGAAACAAGAAAGCUGUAGUGCGGUGACGUUGAUUCGAGUGCUAUCGAAAUUAUAUAACGACCAACGACCGGACCAUCAAGCCAAACAACAAGCAGUCGAGACACUCGUCCCUCUUGCUCUGGAGAUUAUGACGGGAUACGUCGAUUUGGACCCCGAGACGCAGGGAAGAAAUAUUGCUGCUUGGACGCCGGUGAUGGUGGAAGUCUUACAUUGCUUCUACAGUCUCGACAAGCAAACUUUUCUGGGAUGCAUGCCGUCACUCUAUCCCUUAUUGGUGGACUGCUUGGGUGGCGAGUUGGUCCCGGACCUCAAGAUCUACAUCCAGCUCUGUCUGCGAAAGGUGGGCGAACAUGGGCUCGGCCUUGCCACCCUGGCCACCUUGCCCCAAGCGCCCGCGGCCAACCCUUCCGCUUCUCCACUACCUAAUCCCCAGAACUCUGCUAGCCAGGAAAAUGAAUAG